AUGGAUGUACAGAAGUUGGAGACUGAGCCACUAAAUGCACGAUUGUUUCACGCAUUGGAGAAGAGUGAUAUUUAUGAAGUGGAACGGCUUAUUCAAAUGGGAGCCAGUGUAAAUGCCGUCAGAGGUGCGGAUGGUGAAACACCACUUUUAGUAGCGACGGGUAGAGGAGAUCUAGCAAUGAUGGAACUGCUGCUUCUCCUCGGUGCUUCAAGGCAUCGUUUUGAUAUGAAUGGAAAUUACGCCAUUCACAGAGCCACUCGCUUAGGGCAUCUGGAAAGUGUAAAGUUGCUCAUGCAAAGAGGAAGUCACGCCUUUGUUGGAAACGGUAAUUAUGAUACCCCAUUAAUGAUCGCUUCUAUGCAUGGUCACACUGAAAUUGUCAAAUACUUCCUAAGUGAGAAUAUACCCAUGAUGUACCAACUGAAUGUGAAAGGAAGAUCCGAGCUUACAUUAGCAACCGCGAAGGGUCAUACUGAUAUUGUGACUCUAUUAUUAGCUGAAGGUGAUCCGUCAAAAGAUCGAAUUGAUGAACUCAAUCAAGCGUUACGAAUUGCCGUUAAUGCUGACAAUAUAGAAAUCACGAGAAUCUUACUCGAUAGCGGAGCUGAUCCUAACAUUAAAGAUAUGGCCGGAAGCCCUCUUAUAAUCUCUCCUCUUUGCAGAGGGAGUGAAUUUAUCGUCCGCCAGCUGCUUUUAAAGGGCGCUGAUAUAGACGAACGCGAUAGCACGGGGUACACGCUACUCAUGAGAGCAAUUGCCUUAGGAAAUGCAAAUUUUGUCCGAACCUUUAUUGCUUUGGGCGCAAAUGUGAAUGCUUCUCAAGCCAAUGGUACUGCCACGGUAUUGUCUAUCGCAAAAUUUUAUGACGACCCGGAGAUUAUAGAGAUUGUAGAGAAGGCUUUACACGAGGAUUAA